GCGAUUGAGAAACAACAGUUAGGAAAGAAUCAGAAAAACCGAUAAAAAAGUAAAUUCAACCAGUAAUUCAUUUCAUUUGAUGAUCAACAAUCAUUUCAACUGAUUAAUCAACAAUAGUCAAAGUUAUCAAUUGUUUAUUUUCUCGUUUAAUUUGCCAAUUGUUUCCCAAUAAUUAAAUCAUGAGUAUUGAAGGUAAACCGAAAAACUUUCUCAGUCAAUUUCGAGAUGGUAAAACCAACGAGCUUCGUAAUUUAACUGCAGUACAAUUCAUGGAGGUUUGGAAACACUAUGACAGAGAUGGAAAUGGUUUCAUUGAGGGAAGAGAAUUGGAUAAAUUUCUUCGAGAAUUUAUCCUCUCAAUUAAUCCAACCGACGAAAUGAAUCCUGAGCUUUUCUCUGAGUCAACAUUAGCUGAUCUUAAGGAUUGUUUCAUGGAAGCUUAUGACGAUAAUAAGGACGGAGCAAUCGAAAUUCGAGAACUGGCCCAGUUAUUACCAUUAGAAGAAAGUUUUCUUCUUCUCUUUCGAUUUGAUAAUCCCUUGGACUCUAGUGUUGAAUUUAUGAAGAUUUGGCGUGAGUACGAUACCGAUAAUAGUGGUUUCAUUGAAGCUGAUGAACUAAAGAAUUUCUUACGUGAUUUAAUGCGAGAAGCAAAUCGAGGACCAAUUGACGAAGACGUUGAUGAGGAUAAACUAAUUGAAUACACUGAUACUUUACUCCAAAUCUUUGAUACAAAUAAAGAUGGUAAAUUACAAUUAAGCGAAAUGGCAAAAUUACUUCCGGUCAAGGAGAAUUUCCUGUGUCGAUCUAAUUUCAUUGGAACCAAAUUAACUCAACAAGAUAUUGAGACUGUUUUCGCUCUUUAUGAUCGGGAUAACAAUGGAACCAUUGAGAAUGAAGAGUUGAAAGGUUUUCUCAAAGAUCUACUUGAACUGGUUAAAAGAGAUUAUGAUGCUCAGGAUCUGGAGCAAUUUCAACGAUCCAUUUUAAAAGGAUGUGAUCUUAAUAAAGACGGAAAGAUUAACAAGAAGGAGUUAACUAUGGUUCUGUUAGCAUUGGCUCAACAUGCUCAGGAGGAGGAGGAAUCAAUUGAUGAUAAGAUUAAUCAUAAUCUUAAUCUUAAUCAUAAUCAUCACCCUCAAUCUAAUCAUAAUCAGAAUGGUUCUCAUGUUAAUCAUAAUAUCAGGAACAAUAAUAAUAACAAUAAUAAUCAUAUUAAUAAUAAUCAUCUCAACAAAAGUAAGAUUAAUGAUAAUAAUAAAAUUGUUACCAUUAAAUCAAAUGAUAAAAAGUGAUCACAGUUGAUUGUUAAUUGCUCAGUGUAAGAAAAUCAUCUAAUUGAUUAAUCACUUUUAAGAUGCUGAUUAUUUUAAUUGUUAUUUUUAAAGGAAAACAAAUCUUUUAAUUGAUUAUAUUAAUAUGAUAAUUUUAUUGUUGGUGUUUCACAUUUAUGUGAUUAACUUAAUUGUUCAUCUUUUAAUUUCAAUCAACCAUCAAAGUUUUUCAUUCAAUUAUCCGUUUAACAUUGAUCGCAAUCAAUUGCUUAAUUUGUUGAUUAUAAUUGAAAUUAAUUUUGUAAAUUACUGGAAAAUUUAUUAACCAAUAUUAACCAUAAUUAACGAUCAAAACACAGUCCACAAUUAACUUUCUGAUUCUGUACCAUAACCACAAACUCAACUUAACAAUUAACGCUUGAUCAACAUGAUUUACUAUUAAUUGUUUUUAAGCUAAUUCACUACUUACAAAUUUCUGAUUAAUUGUCGAUUGCAAAGUUAAUUAUCAUCAUCAACUAUUAUUGAAAGUUAAAACUUGAAAGCCUUGAACAAUUAACUUUUAAUUGUAACUCUGAGCAAGUUUAUCUGUCAAGUUCAAUUAACUUUUGAUUACUAUUAUAAUUAUAUUAAUAGAUUAAUAUUUGAUUGAUUAUUUUGGCAAAAGUUUACAAGUUGUCCAACAAUUUAAUUAAAUUGUAACCAAUAUUUAGAUUAAAAUUUAAUCUACCAUUGUAAUCCUAAUAACAACAAUUAACGAUGUAAAUUAGACUUGAAUCAAUAUUGUACAUCAUCAAAUAAUCAACAAUUGUCUGCUUAAUGAUUAAAAUAAUAAUGAUUAAUGUCCAUUGUCAUUUAAUUCAAUCAUCAACAACAAUUAACAUAAUGAUCGGUAAUUACUUUAAUAUUAUCAUUUAAUAUCAACAACAAUAUAAAUUGUAAACAAAAUGGAACCAGGAAAAGGUAACAAUCAAUUUAAAUGAUUCUUAACUUGGUCUAAUAAUUUAAGUGUCAUCUUAAUGAUUAACUGUUAAUCAGAAUGAAUCUAAUUGAUGUUGAUUGUUCAAUGGUUUUGGUUAAAAGUUAAAUUAGUUAUAUUAA